AUUUUCAAUAUAUACAUAAGAAUUUGUUACUUAAUACUUAUAUUAUUUAAUUACACCAUGCAAUCGGUCGUUACUUUUGAGAAGCCGAUACCCCAUCUAAGUUUGCCCGAUUGGGAUGCUCGACUAUAUGGCUUACAGGUAACAGCAGACACCAGGCGAGCUGAUGCCUUUGACCUUCGCCACAGCGCCCAUCAGCUCCGCAAUGAAACUAGGAUCAAGACCGAUUGGGACAGCUAUCAUAACAACAAUCGCCUCAGCGCCAGAAUUUAUGAGAUUGAGCAAUGGAAAUCAACAAUUGAGGACCUUCUCACACGUAUUGAUAGAGAAAUGAAUCUCUUGAAAGAAGAAAAAGCUUCAACUGAAAGGGAGUUAGAACAACUAAACAUGCCUUUGCUCGUUUGCUCGGAAUGUUUAUCUAAUCGAGAUGGUAAGCGCAGUACGGAGUUGACGUAUGACAUGGCAGACAUGGAGCUCAAAAAGGAACUUUGUGUAACUGAGGCGAACAAGAAAUUACUCAUAGACCGAUGUCAAUCCACAUGGGAGAAGAUUAACAGACUGGAAUCUGUCAAGUUUAAAUUGCAACUAGACUUGAAUGACAAAACCGAAGCUUUAACCAUUGAUAAAAACAUGCUGAGUUUAGAUAAAGACUGCGCCAAUAUUACUUAUAAGACUGAUUCUUUGAAGACGCCUAAAAGGAUGAUAACAGGCGAGCAAUGGUUGCAAAAAGUGGAAGCAAAUAGACAAAUGGCACAGGAUGAACUACAAGAUACACUACGACUUCGUGAGUCUCUAUUUGUAGCCAGAGAAAGGGCCAGGAACACUUUGCGCGCACAAACUGACGUCACCAAUUAUAUGCUGCGUAGGAGGAUUUACGAAACUCAACGCGCGAGAAAUGAGCUUGACUGGCAGAAGAUGAAGAUGGAAGAAAACAUGGACAAGCUAGCAACGGAAUUAAAGGUAAUGGGAGAGCAGUUUGCUGAUAAGGUCAAUGCUUUGAAACUGGCUGAAACUCGUUUGGAGACUAGAGGGUACAGGCCUGGGAUUGAAUUAGCAUCUGAUGAAGCUGAUCUUGGAUUGAAGGAAGAAGUCCGAAACUUGAGAGAAACUAUCCGCCAAUUGCAAGAAAAGUUGGAUUGCGGAAAAUCAACUUACAAUGCUCUUGAAGAUGCUUCCAUAAAAAUUGCGAUAGACUUGGCUGACAAAAACCAAUCUCUAGAAGUAGACACCCGAGCACUUGAAAUGAGGGCUGCUCUGGAGCCAAAGAAAUUGAAAGGCACUGACAAGAAUCUGGUACUAGCCAGUAUGAAAGAUGAAGUACCGAAGAUUACGGAAUGUUAAUAAAUGUCCGCGCUGAUAUGUUAUUAAAAAAAUCGGAAGUUUCGAAAUUAAAAUUAAUACGUGAAUGGAUGUAUUGAACCAUUAACGGCUACAAUAUACAUAUAUUACCAAAAGACAAUAUAAUAAAAGCAUGAAUUGAAAUUGAUAAAACCUAAAUUAUAUUACAAGCAAAACG